AUGAUUCCAGGUUCUGGGGACAAUCUUGAAAGUAAAAAUGAGAGUCUCACACGCAAUCAUGUCUUUGCUUCCUCUGCAUCUCCUGCUUGGGAAAAGCUACUGUUGCCCAUUUCAAUGGAGGCAAAGUGGAGGCUAGAAUAUCCAGUGACUCCCGGAAAUAAUGAAGAACAGCCUUCAGUUAUGGAGAAUAAUGAAACGCAGCAGGAUGUUCUUUCAAGAGCUACCAGCCUACCUCUUGUCAGCUCCACUUAUGAAAUGGCAGCUUCGGCUUAUACCUCGACUAAGGAGAACCACCCCUAUGUUAAAGUUGCCCUGGAUUUGGCAGAGAAGAGCGUGAAGCAUGUCUCCGAGGUGGCUAUGAGUAGUGCUCAACCUUUUCUGAAUAAGCUUGAGCCCCAAGAACAUACCACGCAAGAUAUCCUUCAGAUACCCCAGGAAGAAAUGGAAAAGUUCCAGCAGAUGGAAUAUCAUACCUUGGCCACGAGUUACCACAUCACUGAACAACUGCAGAUUGCAUACAUCAACUUGAUGGGAAGCAUCCAAGGUCUGCCUUCUACAUUUCAGCAGAAUAUUGAGUCAGCUCUCCAUAGUAUUGAGGAACUACAAGCUACCGUUACCGGGGCCCAAUCUUUCAAAGAUCUUUCUAGCAACCUUUUGAUUCAGAGCAAGAAGACAGCCGUCAUGGCCCAGAAGUACGUAGAUGAUAUCCUGGACUAUGUGGGGCAGAACAUUCCAUUAUCCUGGCUUGUGGGACCUUUUGUUCCUGCCCUCAAGAAUACCUCCACUGAGCCAGAUCCUGCAAAAUCUAAUGAAAGGGAAGUUAUUUCUGAAACACAGGAACUGGUAUCCUCCAAAGUAGCAGAUGCCAAAGACGCCGUAGCCAAAGCUGUCCAAGAUGGCAAAGAGAUGUUCAUAGACACGAAAAUGGGUAAACUCGCCAUCAGUGGGGUAGAAGCAGUACUGGAGAAAUCGGGAGAAUUGUUGGAUCACUAUCUACCAAUGACGGAUGAAGAACUUGCUCAAAUAGCACAAUCUGCACCAGAAGGGGUCCCUCUGCCACCUGAAUCCCAAGGUUAUUUUGUGAAACUUGGUUCCCUGUCAACUAAACUCCAGCAUCGGGCCUACCGGUAUGCUGUGGUAAAAAUGGAGGCAGCCAGGGAAAACAUCCAGAAUACAUUCAGCCAGUUACGUCAAUCCAUUGGGCAG